UCGGAGACUUGCAGGCAGCAAACACCGUGCGAACGAACAGGAGGGGGGAGAAACAUAAAAAGCUAAACGUGGAGCAGCCGGGCUGGGACUGAAAAGGGAAAUCGAUUGCAAGGAGCGCAAUAAGAAUAACAGAAACCCACUUCGGAGCAAAUAGCAUUGAAAAAGCUGUGACUCAAGAUAACUGAAACCUGAAAAAAGAAAAAAAAAAAGAAAAGAAAAGAAAAGAAAAAGAAAGAAAGAAAAAGAGAAAAUAAACCCGCUCAUGCACCAUGGUUUUUCAAACUCGGUACCCUUCAUGGAUUAUUUUGUGCUACAUCUGGCUGCUCCGCUUUGCACACACAGGGGAGGCGCAGGCUGCAAAGGAAGUACUACUGCUGGAUUCUAAAGCACAACAGACAGAAUUGGAAUGGAUUUCCUCUCCACCCAAUGGGUGGGAAGAAAUUAGUGGUUUGGAUGAGAAUUAUACUCCGAUACGAACCUACCAGGUAUGCCAGGUUAUGGAACCCAACCAAAACAACUGGCUGCGGACUAACUGGAUUUCAAAAGGCAAUGCACAAAGGAUUUUUGUAGAAUUGAAAUUCACCCUGAGGGAUUGUAAUAGUCUUCCUGGAGUACUGGGAACUUGCAAAGAAACCUUUAAUUUGUACUAUUAUGAAACAGACUACGACACUGGCAGGAAUAUAAGAGAAAACCUCUACGUAAAAAUAGACACCAUUGCUGCCGAUGAAAGCUUUACCCAAGGUGAUCUCGGUGAAAGAAAGAUGAAGCUUAACACUGAGGUGAGAGAGAUUGGACCUUUGUCCAAAAAGGGAUUCUAUCUUGCCUUUCAGGAUGUAGGGGCUUGCAUUGCGUUGGUUUCUGUCAAGGUCUAUUACAAGAAGUGCUGGUCCAUUAUUGAGAACUUAGCUAUCUUUCCAGAUACAGUGACUGGAUCAGAAUUUUCCUCUUUAGUUGAGGUCCGAGGGACAUGUGUCAGCAGUGCCGAGGAAGAGGCGGAAAACUCCCCCAGGAUGCACUGCAGCGCGGAAGGAGAGUGGUUAGUGCCCAUUGGAAAGUGCAUCUGCAGAGCGGGCUACCAGCAAAAAGGAGAUACUUGUGAACCCUGUGGUCGUGGAUUCUACAAAUCUUCCUCUCAGGAUCUUCAGUGCUCUCGUUGUCCAACCCAUAGCUUUUCGGAUAGAGAAGGCUCCUCCAGAUGCGAAUGUACAGAUGGGUACUACAGGGCUCCUUCCGACCCACCUUAUGUUGCAUGCACAAGGCCUCCAUCUGCACCCCAGAACCUCAUCUUCAACAUCAACCAGACCACAGUAAGUUUGGAAUGGAGUCCUCCAGCAGACAACGGGGGAAGGAACGAUGUCACCUACAGAAUACUGUGUAAGCGGUGCAGUUGGGAGCAGGGCGAAUGCGUGCCCUGCGGGAGUAACAUUGGAUACAUGCCCCAGCAAAGUGGAUUAGAGGAUAAUUAUGUCACCGUCAUGGACCUGCUAGCCCACGCUAAUUAUACCUUUGAAGUUGAAGCUGUAAAUGGAGUUUCUGACUUAAGCCGAUCCCAAAGGCUCUUUGCGGCUGUCAGCAUCACCACUGGUCAAGCAGCUCCCUCGCAAGUGAGCGGAGUAAUGAAGGAGAGAGUGCUGCAGAGGAGCGUGGAGCUGUCCUGGCAGGAGCCCGAGCAUCCCAAUGGGGUCAUCACCGAGUACGAAAUCAAGUAUUACGAGAAAGAUCAAAGGGAAAGGACCUACUCAACAGUAAAAACCAAGUCCACUUCGGCCUCCAUUAAUAAUCUGAAACCAGGAACAGUGUAUGUUUUCCAGAUUCGGGCUUUUACUGCUGCAGGUUAUGGGAAUUACAGUCCCCGGCUUGAUGUGGCCACACUAGAGGAAGCUGCAGGUAAAAUGUUUGAAGCUACAGCUGUCUCCAGUGAGCAGAAUCCCGUGAUUAUUAUCGCAGUGGUGGCUGUGGCAGGGACCAUCAUUUUGGUGUUCAUGGUCUUCGGCUUCAUUAUUGGAAGAAGGCACUGUGGUUAUAGCAAAGCUGAUCAAGAAGGGGACGAAGAACUUUACUUUCAUUUUAAAUUUCCAGGCACCAAAACCUACAUUGACCCUGAAACCUAUGAGGACCCAAAUAGAGCUGUCCAUCAAUUCGCCAAGGAGCUAGAUGCCUCCUGUAUUAAAAUUGAGCGUGUGAUUGGUGCAGGAGAAUUUGGAGAAGUGUGCAGUGGUCGCUUGAAGCUUCCAGGGAAAAGAGAUGUAGCAGUGGCUAUAAAAACACUGAAAGUUGGCUACACUGAAAAACAGAGAAGAGACUUUCUGUGUGAAGCCAGCAUCAUGGGGCAGUUUGACCAUCCAAACGUUGUCCAUUUGGAAGGGGUCGUUACAAGAGGAAAACCAGUCAUGAUUGUAAUAGAAUUCAUGGAAAAUGGAGCCCUAGAUGCCUUUCUCAGGAAACACGACGGGCAAUUUACAGUCAUUCAGCUAGUCGGAAUGCUGAGAGGAAUUGCGGCUGGGAUGAGAUACUUAGCCGAUAUGGGAUAUGUUCACAGGGACCUCGCGGCCCGCAAUAUUCUUGUCAACAGCAACCUUGUUUGUAAAGUGUCAGACUUUGGCCUGUCCCGGGUUAUAGAGGAUGAUCCGGAAGCUGUCUAUACAACUACUGGUGGAAAAAUUCCAGUAAGGUGGACAGCACCUGAAGCUAUCCAAUAUCGGAAAUUCACCUCAGCCAGUGAUGUAUGGAGCUAUGGAAUAGUCAUGUGGGAAGUUAUGUCCUAUGGAGAGAGGCCUUACUGGGACAUGUCAAAUCAAGAUGUUAUAAAAGCAAUAGAAGAAGGCUAUCGCUUACCAGCACCCAUGGACUGCCCGGCUGGUCUCCACCAGCUAAUGCUGGACUGCUGGCAGAAGGACCGUGCUGAGAGGCCAAAGUUUGAGCAGAUAGUUGGAAUUCUAGACAAAAUGAUUCGAAAUCCAAAUAGUCUGAAAACACCCCUGGGAACCUGUAGUAGGCCAAUAAGCCCUCUUCUGGAUCAAAAUACUCCUGACUUCACUGCCUUUUGUUCAGUUGGAGAAUGGCUCCAAGCUAUUAAGAUGGAGAGAUAUAAAGACAACUUCACAGCAGCUGGUUAUAACUCUCUUGAGUCCGUGGCUAGGAUGACUAUUGAAGAUGUGAUGAGUUUAGGGAUCACACUGGUUGGCCAUCAAAAGAAGAUCAUGAGCAGCAUUCAGACUAUGAGAGCGCAGAUGCUCCAUCUACAUGGGACUGGCAUUCAAGUGUGAUGAGUGUUUCUCCCUUAGGAGGGAGUUGAUAGAAUUCAAGAGAACAGUACUGGCCUUCAGUAUCCGCACAGAAUGCUGCUAGAAGACAGUUGGUGUCCUGGCUCCUUCCAAAAGGAGAGACAGUGUGAGAAGCACCUACAGACUUGAACUCCUAAGUGCCACCAGAUUAUAUAAAAAGGGAAUUUUAGGAUCCACCACUGGUGGCCAGGAAAACAGCAGUGACAAUAAACAAAGUACUACCUGAAAAACAUCCAAACACCUUGAGCUCUCUAACCUCCUUUUUAUCAUAUAGACUUUUUAAAAUGUACAUAAAGAAUCUAAGAAAGAAUAUAUUUGUCAAAUAAAAUCAUGAUCUUAUUGUUAAUGAAAUAUUUUACUUAAAUAUGUGAUUUCAGGCUAUUCUUUUUUAAAAUCAUUUGUGUUUAUUCCUCAUAAGGACUUUGUUUUAGAAAGUUGUUUAUACCUUUGAACCUUUUUAGUGUUAAAUUUAUGACACCUUACUACACUGGGUACCUUUGAAAGAAUCUCAAAACAAAAAUGGACAAAAAAAAUAGCAUGAAUAAGAUAUAUCUUUGUCAUAAUAUUGGUAUCCUUUUUGUGCCAUUUGAUUCCGUUUAAUCAGUGCUGUUUUGAUAUUGUUUGCUAAUUGGCAGGUAGUCCAGAAAAUGUAAGUUGCCAAGAGCGCUGAUAUUUUUUAAAAAUAAAUUUUUUGUAAAAAAAAAAAAAUCAGACAACACACUAACUUUUCAAUAAAAAAAGCAAUAAUGAUCCAUAAAUACUCUAAGGCACUUUUAACAGAUUGUUUAUAGAGUGACUUUACUAGACAGAAUUUAAUUAAUAGAAUUCAAAUUUUAGGUUCAUGACUAUAUUUAAAAAAGAUAAGGCACUUCAUCUGAAGAAUGCCGGUGAAAUCAAGUCUCUGGAAGCAAGAACUAUCCAGAAUUAUCUAAAGUUUCUUCUGAGCAUAGACAGAUUUUUCAGUCUUGUAACAUUAAGCAAUUUAAGAGAAAUAGUGGACAUAUAUUUUAUAUUCUUGCUGUUGAAGUGCAGUCCAAAUAUACAAGGAAAAUUAAAAAAAAAAAAAAAAAACUAAGUUUUAUACAAGAACUCUGGAGCAUGACUAAAGGGGCAGUUCCCAGUUUUCACCAUCUGAAAACAAAUCUGCUGCAUAGAAUAUAUCAUUGCAGUUAAAACAAAACAACACAAAAAGUCUUUUCUUUGUGAACACUGAUGCGAGAAACCUGUUAAAUGAAAGAACUCUUUUUAUCCUGGAAGGAAGAGGCUAAGGAUCUGGCUUUUUUAAAAUAAUAAUAAAAAACUUUAUUUAUUGAA